AGGAUCUGUCACAAGGAAACAGACUUAGGCAACAAGAUCUGGGUAUUGAUACACAGUGACCAAGGGGCCUUCUAUAAGGAUAUCAUACAGGGAGCACCAUUUGCAGGAAAGUGUCCCCAUUCCUGUGGAGGCAACAUGGACAGAUCAGUGUACAUCAGGGGCCCCUUCUUGUAGCUGGGAGAUUUGCCCUGGGUUAGCUGAAUUUCAAAAGGUGUGGGCCUACAAAAAACUUAACAAUGUGUAGCUGUGCAUUACACAGCUUAUCAUGCUGACAAAUAUCAUAAUAUUGUUUUCUUGUACUCCCCCAUCUGUCCAUAUCCAUCAGUUGUCUCUUACUUAGAUUGUUAGCCCCUUGGGGCAGGGACUGUCUUUUUGUUCUGUGCUUGUACAGUACCUAGUGCUCUGAGGUUUUGAUCCCUGAUAGGUUCCCAAGUACUACGAUAAUACAAAUAAUAAUAAUAAUUAAUAAAGUGUGGAGAAUGAAGAGACGAGAAGUUACUACAUGGACGAAGAACAAACCAAAGAACCUCUAGCUCUUUUGUUCUGUCCAUGUCUCUCCUGCCCUGAGCUGUCAUACCCUAUUAUGAAAUAACUAAUAAAAAAUGACAAGUUAUACCGUGAGAUGGUUUCUGGUAGCAAGCUAUAUUUUAGGAUGAGUUAUGGGCAAAGAUUCUCCCAACCCUGUUGCUCAUUAGGCAGUAAGAUGAUGGGAAGGGAAAGUUACUCAGGACCCAGGGUUCUGAUUCUUAUUUAUACUACUUAUAAUGUUACUCUAUAACAAAUGAGGUUAAAAAAAUCCACAAUAAUACACUUGUAGCUUUUAAACUACCCAAAGUGAGUCCAUGCAGAUUUGUUGUCUCACUGCCUGUUCUACAUUAAUAAGAAACACUUGCACAGAGCAGUAAGGCCCAGCUCCUCAAAGUUAUUUAGAGUCCUAACUUUGAUUGAAAGCAAUGGGCAUUAAGUGCCUAAAUACCUCCGUAGAUCUGGACCAGCCUGCUCACAGGAGAGUUCAUCUUGAAGGGAUGGUGCUACUAAGAAAUUAACUGAAAGGGUCAAUUGCAAUCAUAUGUGUACAAUUAUUCACUGUCCCAAGAACCCCUGCAUGUUGUCCCACAUACAUUCUAUCCUCAUUGGUCACAGCAGAGAGUACUUCUUUCUCACAGGUUUGCUGAACUGUCAGUCUUCAGCUCCUGACCACCUUCCUCCCCAGUGAGAUCACCACAGGUACAUAAAAGGUGAGUAGGUUGAAGUGAGCAUUUACUGCAAUAUCAAGUACAACUGACAAGGCUAGCUGUAUCUGACGCUGCUAUGUCUUCUGAGAAGCAAAUAUAUGAUUCUUCCUUAGAGAUCCAGGAACAGGCGCAACAAAAUCUCUUGAGGAGGGUGGCCAGUCUGCCCUUGGUCAGCUCUGCCUAUGACAUGGCCGCAACUGCCUACACCUCCACCAAGGAGAGCCACCCUUACCUAAAGUCCUUGUGUGAUGUGGCAGAGAAAGGUGUGAAGACCAUUAGUGAGGCUGCAGCCAGCAGGACACAGCCAAUUCUGACUUCAUUUGAACCACAGAUUGCAACAGCAAAUGAAUCUACUAUUAAGGGACCGGACCCACUGGAUGAGAAACUGCCAAGCCUUCAAAUUACAGUGGAUAAGGUUGCUUCAGACACCAAGGAGCUGGUGUCUUCCAAAGUGGAAGCUGCCAGCAGAUUCUCCAGCUUGGUAGAUGUGACCAGAGAAGCUGUGCAAGAGAGUGUGGAGUCCACCAAGGCUGUUAUGACCCACAGUGUGAACACAGUCAUGGGAUCAAGAAUGGGCCAGAUGGCUGUGAGUGGUGUGGAAGCAGUGCUGGAGAAAUCAGCGGAGCUGUUAGAUCAAUAUCUCCCCAUAACAGAUGAGGAACUAGCUGAACUUGCAACAUCUAUAAAGGAGGAUGGAGUGGCUCCUCUCCAACCUCAAAGUUAUUUUGUGCGCUUAGGCUCUCUGUCAAGCAAACUCCGCCAUCGUGCCUACCAGCAUUCGCUAGCCAAGAUUAAAAAUACCAGGCAGAGCAUCCAAGACGCUCUCUCCCAGCUUCAUCAAACCAUUGAUCUGAUCGAAUACGUGAAGCAAGGAGUGGAUCAGAAGCUUCAAGAUGGCCAAGAGAAGCUCCACCAAAUGUGGCUGGACUGGAGCAAGAGGCAGACAGGAGGGAGUGAGGACACAGAGUUGGUACAACCUGAGCUGGAGACUCGUGCUCUGACUAUGUUUCAGAGCAUUAUCCAGCAGCUGCAGGCAACCUGCCUAACCCUAAUGUCAAGCAUCCAAGGCUUCCCAUCCAACAUCCAAGACAAGGUGCAGCAGGUUUGCCACAGCACAAAGGAGCUCCAGACUUCCUUCUCCACAGUUCACUCCUUCCAAGAUCUCUCCAGCAGAAUCCUGACCCAGAGCCGCAAACAGGUCACCAAAGCCCAGGGGUACAUGGAUGAGCUACUAGAGUACAUAGUGCACAACACUCCUCUGUCCUGGCUUGUGGGACCUUUCAUGCUGUCCAGCAAAAUACCAGAAGAAGCCAUGGAACCAUCAGAAUGAGGAUGGGGAAGAGUAAAUGGCUUCUAUAACCUCUCUGGCAAACUUACUGCAGCUCACUUGUAAAGGACCAUUUUCCUUAACACCUAUAGCAAUUAACAAAUAGGGUCUGAAAGCUUAUACCUUUGUGCAGCCACCUCCAACAUUAGAUUGAAUUGUGUCAUGUGGGGUCUUUUCUCCUUCCUGUAGGAAAUGAAGCUGCUUGCAGCUCCAAGAUUGUGGUGAAGAAUGUUUGAACCAGGAGAGGCACUUCCUCCCCUGGAUAGCAUGGGGUACAACUCAAUCUCAUGUCUUGCAUGGGCUGCAUGCUACCUGUGGCUGAGCUAAGAUUAAAAACUGAUUUAAUUACUUUCUAAAUGGCAAUGCUGUCACCAGAAGUCACCCUUUUAAAAUGAGGGUGAAAUAUGAAUGUAAAACAACACACAAAUUGGAUCCUACCCUCCAGGAACUCAACCUACAUCUGGAAUACUUGCCACAAUCUUAAAGUAGUGGCUGAGAACUAGAUUACUUCUGGUGGAAAACGGUUCUUGCCACAGUGAGAUAGACAUCUCCAACUUGGAGUUCUUGCUAGAACUCUUCUAAGACUUCUUAAAGCAGUAAGAAAUGGUACUAAAUACAGCUUCAGCUCUAGGUGUCAUGUGGAUUGCUAAACAAGUCAUUGACAUAAAUCAUGGCCUUUCUAGUGCAUGGAUGUGUGUAUGUAAUAUCUGUUAGUCAGAUGACUCCAACCAUACCCCACACACUAGUGUAUUGGUGACUAUCUUUACACUUGUUUUGGGUAACUGACUCAUUCUCUUGUCACUUCUCCUCAAAUUGCUGUAGUAAAGAACUUUUUUUUUCUCUUGCAAAAUAAACAUAUAUUGCAUAUAAACAAA